AUGGCAUCCGCCGUGGACAUUGCAUCCUCAUUCAUUGAAGGUGCCCCGCCAGGCGAGCUGGCCGAUGUCAUUGCCGACGUCAAAACCCUCACCUCCGACGGUCCGGAUAUCAUUCCAUCGCUUGCCCCUGCCUUUAAACGAUACAACGAGAUGCAACUGUCAACGGUGAAGUUGCCAGGAGCGAGUCAGGAGGUUAUUGUUAGCGGAUUCAACAAACUAGAGGAUAAUCGAUAUUUUGAUGUUGAGAGUCAAACGUCAUUUGAAGUCGACCAUGUUACACAAGAAGCGUCCGCGGCGCAAUCGUAUGUUUUGGAGUCUCAGAAUGCGGACUUAAUCAAAUCUUUACUGAAGUCGCUUGCGAUGCAUGCUACCGAACAUUACCGUCAAUGUUCUUAUGGUGUUUAUCCUGUUGAAAAUGAUACUGCGGUAGCUAUCUUACUUGUUGCGAACCGGUACUCGCCGAAUAACUUCUGGAAUGGCCGUUUCCGCUCUAUCUAUCAGGUUCCUAUUUCCGAGUCGACCACCGUGACAGGAAAUAUCCACAUUGAUGUACAUUACUAUGAGGAUGGAAAUGUGGCGCUCAACACCAACAAACCGAUCAAGCUGUCAGUCUCUUCGGUCUCUGCCGAGAGCAUAAUUUCGCGUAUUGCAGCCGCAGAGCGCGACUAUCAGGAGGAAUUGAACCGCGCGUUUGUGCAGAUGGCCGAAGGAGCGUUCAAGGGACUGCGACGACAGCUACCGAUCACUCGGCAAAAGGUGGAGUGGGAGAAGGUGGGGGGGUAUCGACUGGGACAGGACAUUUCGGGGGGCAAAGGACGGUAG